UCUCAAGCUAUGAUUCAGUUUAGUUCUCGGCCCGCCCGCCCAACAUCUCCACGCGUUGCUGGCACCCUAGUACUUGUUUGCGAUAUUUUACAUGGCGGUUACAAAGUUUUUACAAAAAGUUUGAAAAUAAUGGUGUUGGUGAAAAAUGUAAAUGGGUGAAUAAUUUAGUGGACUUUGUUAUCGAUGGGUGUGGAGUCAGCGAAGGUGGAGGAAGUGACGGCGGCGCCGGUGCCGAGCGAGUCGGGCGCGCGGCCCAGCAGGCCUACACACUGCGUCGUCGGCGGAGCUCAUGCUUUUAUACUUAGGAUCUCAAGUUUCUUCGGGCUAGCCCCGCUGCGGUUCGAGUCCCGCAGCAAUGGCUUCACGGUCAGCAUAUCGGGAGCUAUGUGUGUCUAUAGCUAUAUUCUAGUCACAGUACUUGUGAUAUGCACGAUCUUCGGUCUGGUAGCGGAGAUCAACGUAGGCGUGGAACUGUCAGUGCGCAUGUCCUCUCGAAUGUCACAGGUGGUGUCUACAUGCGACGUUUUAGUGGUAGUAGCGACAGCUGGUGCCGGGGUCUACGGCGCACCUAGGCGGAUGAGGAAUAUGCUCAAGUUUAUGGAAAAUAUUGCUUCGGUGGACACCAGUAUAGGCGGCCAGUACUCGCUGGUGACGGAGCGCAAGCUGUGCGGCAUCAUACUGGCGAUACUCAUCUUCUUCUCCAUCCUCAUCGCUGAUGACUUCACAUUCUAUGCGCUGCAAGCUAAGAAGCUGGACAGGGAAUGGGACGUGGUGACGAACUACUUGGGCUUUUACCUCCUAUGGUUUGUGGUACUAAUCUUGGAGCUUCAGUUUGCGUUCACGGCGCUGUCGGUGCGCGCGCGCUUCUCAGCUGUCAAUGACGCACUCGCGCUUACUGCUCGACAAGUCUCCAUUCCUGUGGAGAAACCAAAAAGCUCCUCACCUCUGAACAUUUAUGCUAUCCGGGUAGCUCCAGUGGACUCGCAGCGCUCCGCUAACGUCAGCCUGCUGGUGGACACCAUGACCGGCAGGGAGCAUGUCGUCAUCAUCAAGAGAACUGGUAAGAUGUCUUGCGUUUAUGCUAUCCGGGUAGCUCCAGUGGACUCGCAGCGCUCCGCUAACGUGAGCCUGCUGGUGGACACCAUGACCGGCAGGAAGCAUGUCGUCAUCAUCAAGAGAACUGGUAAGAUGUCUUGCGUUUAUGCUAUCCGGGUAGCUCCAGUGGACUCGCAGCGCUCCGCUAACGUCAGCCUGCUGGUGGACACCAUGACCGGCAGGGAGCAUGUCGUCAUCAUCAAGAGAACUGGUAAGAUGUCUUGCGUUUAUGCUAUCCGGGUAGCUCCAGUGGACUCGCAGCGCUCCGCUAACGUGAGCCUGCUGGUGGACACCAUGACCGGCAGGAAGCAUGUCGUCAUCAUCAAGAGAACUGGUAAGAUGUCUUGCGUUUAUGCUAUCCGGGUAGCUCCAGUGGACUCGCAGCGCUCCGCUAACGUGAGCCUGCUGGUGGACACCAUGACCGGCAGGGAGCAUGUCGUCAUCAUCAAGAGAACUGGUAAGAUGUCUUGCGUUUAUGCUAUCCGGGUAGCUCCAGUGGACUCGCAGCGCUCCGCUAACGUCAGCCUGCUGGUGGACACCAUGACCGGCAGGGAGCAUGUCGUCAUCAUCAAGAGAACUGUAUCCCUGCUUUCAGCAAGCGGAGAGCCUCGCCUGGUGGUGUCCCCGUGCGACGCGGUGCGACGUCUAGCGGCACUGCACGGCACGUUGUGUGACGUCGUGAACAGUAUCGAUGACAGCUACGGCCUGCCUCUCGUCGUGAUCCUCAUUUCUACUCUGCUCCAUCUGAUUGUCACGCCAUACUUCCUUAUUAUGGAGAUAAUUGUAUCCACGAAUCGCAUCCACUUCCUGGUGCUGCAGUUUCUGUGGUGUGUGACGCACAUGCUGCGGAUGAUCGUCGUCGUAGAACCAGGACAUUAUACUAUAGCAGAGGGCAAAAGAACCGAGGGGCUGGUAUGUCGGCUGAUGACGUCAGCGCCGUCUACCGGCGUGCUGCCGUCGCGCCUGGAGAUAUUCUCGCGGCAACUGAUGCUCCAAUCCGUCAGCUAUGCGCCCAUGGGCAUGUGUACUCUGCAUCGACCGCUUAUCGCUUCUGUAAUAGGAGCGGUGACGACGUACCUGGUGAUCCUCAUACAAUUCCAAAGAUACGACAACUGAAACGGCUCUAGUCAUGUAUGGGUUCCUAGUAUUAUUACAUUUUACAUGAAACAUUUUAUAAGUAGCCGAAAAUCGAUCUCAGUGGCGUGCACUUGGAGAGGCCUAUGUCCAGCAGUGGACUGCGAUAGGCUGAUGAUGAUGAUGAUA